AAUAUGCAUUAAAAAACAACCACCACUAAUAAGAUGAGUUGGUUCAGUUUUUAAUAAACCGCAGGGCAUAGCUGUUGCUGUUGCUAGGGACAAACCAGCAAUGUUAUCGCUAGUUUCGAAAGCAUUAAAUUCAAUCUUUAAUAAUCCACCAUCGCCCUUCAUUACCGCUACAACGAACGAAAUCCUCUUCGAAGGUUUGACUGUUUACUGCAAUGUGACGGAUUUUGCUGGGAAGGCGGCUUGCGCUCAGAUAAAAUCGGAAGCAAAAAAUGUAAUAUAUAUCAGCGACAAGAUAUUUAAAUUGUCCUUUUUUGGAGAUAAAAACGGUACGGUUGAUGAGAGGCCAUUCACGGUUAAGCGGGGAUUAAAAAAUUAUAAGGAUAUUGGAAGGGUUGUUGAGUUUGACAAUAAACCAAAUAUGAAUGUUUGGCCCACAAAGGAGUGUAAUGAGUAUCACGGUACUGAUUCGACAAUUUUUCCACCCCUUCUUCAAAAGGAAGAAGGUAUUGUCGCAUUUUCCCCCGAUAUUUGUAGCAAUUAAUUUUUAGAUCACUAGCCGCAGUUUUCGAAAAAGAAACGUUUGUUAAAGAAGUCAAAGUGAACAAAUACACUGCAA